CCCAGCCAAAACCAAUCCAGUAAAAACAGGGAAAGAAAAGCAACCGCCCCGCGAGAGAUGGAACACGACGCCGAGAUGGCGCCGCCGAUCGCCUCCCGCGCAUCCGCCGCCGAAGCUGCCGCGGACGACUGGGCGGCGCGCGACGAUUUCGAGGAGAAGCCAGCGGAGUCCCACUCUCCGGCUCCGGCAGCUGCGGCCGCCGAGGACGAUGCUGGAGAGGCGGUCUCAGCUCCUCCGGCCCAGGAUGUCAACGGAAUUCAGUCAAGUCUUCAGUCUCUGGAGCUGCAGACUAGUGAUGACGGGGUUCAAAUGGAAACAGAGGAGGAACAGAAUAGAAAACGGCAUUUGAAUGUUGUGUUUAUCGGCCAUGUUGAUGCAGGCAAGUCCACAGCUGGAGGUCAGAUAUUAUUCUUAAGUGGACAAGUGGAUGAACGGACAAUCCAGAAAUAUGAGAAGGAAGCAAAGGACAAAAGCAGAGAGAGCUGGUACAUGGCAUAUAUUAUGGACACAAAUGAGGAAGAACGGGCAAAGGGCAAGACUGUUGAAGUUGGGAGAGCUUACUUUGAGACUGAAGCAACAAGAUUCACAAUUUUGGAUGCACCAGGCCACAAAAGUUACGUUCCAAACAUGAUAAGUGGUGCAUCUCAAGCUGACAUUGGUGUUCUGGUGAUAUCUGCUCGGAAAGGUGAAUUUGAAACUGGGUAUGAAAAAGGAGGCCAAACUCGUGAACAUGUACUUCUUGCAAAAACUUUAGGUGUUUCUAAGUUGGUCGUGGUCAUAAAUAAGAUGGAUGAUCCUACUGUUGGAUGGUCUAAAGAAAGAUAUGAUGAAAUAGAAGGCAGGAUGAUUCCUUUCCUUAAGUCUUCAGGGUACAAUGUCAAGAAAGAUGUCCACUUCUUGCCAAUUUCUGGUCUUUUGGGAACUAAUAUGAAGACUCGCAUGGAUAAAAGCAUUUGUAGCUGGUGGAAUGGUCCAUGCCUUUUUGAAGUUCUUGAUUGCAUUGAAGUCCCUUUACGGGAUCCCAAAGGCCCAGUAAGGGUGCCCAUCAUUAAUAAAUAUAAAGAAAUGGGCACUGUGGUGAUGGGAAAAAUAGAGUCAGGAACUAUUAGGGAGGGCGAUAACUUGUUGGUGAUGCCGAACAAGGUCAAUGUGAAAGUCCUUACCAUACACUGUGAUGAGGAUAAAGUGAGAAAAGCUGCACCAGGUGAGAAUGUCCGUCUCAAGUUGUCAGGAAUUGAAGAGGAGGACAUCACUCCUGGCUUUGUGCUAUCAAGUAUAACAAAUCCUGUCAGUGCUGUAUCUGAAUUUAAUGCUCAGCUUCAGAUACUGGAGUUGCUUGACAAUGCAAUUUUCACUGCUGGCUACAAGGCGGUGUUGCAUAUCCACUCAGUAGUUGAGGAAUGUGAGAUUGUAGAGCUUAUAGAGGAAAUUGAUCUGAAGAGGAAGAAAGAAACUGACCCGAAGAAGAAAAAGCCAAAGAGGAAGCCUCUUUUUGUGAAGAAUGGAGCUGUUGUUGUCUGCUGCAUCCAGGUCAAUAACUUGAUAUGCAUCGAGAACUUCUCUGAUUUUCCUCAGCUCGGAAGAUUUACACUCCGAACAGAAGGUAAAACGGUAGCUGUAGGAAAGGUUGUUGCUGUUCCGCCAAGUGGGAGUUCAACGUUUAAAGCCUAAGCCAAUUUUGUCGACGGUAGGUAAAAGAAAACUUGGUUCUUAUAUGGUCUAAGGGUGUUGUAACCUGGAGAACAAGUUCAUCUCAAGGAAAAAUUUCACUGUUCUUUUAUUUUCCUUCACCUUUUGUGCAUGGCAAUCUAUGAAGUUGGCUAUUAACAACCUUCUUUCGUAGUUUGGGACAGGUAUAUUUUGCACCUGAAAUGUGAAUAGUUUUUACAGCGAAUUGAUGGUUACGAGUGUUAAAUUGCCACCUUGGAAGUAUAAGUUGGUAUAUGCAAAAUUAUAUAUUGUUGGGAGAUUUAUAUUGCAAUUUUCACAUUA